AUUAGGGGGCAUUUUGUAGAGUAUUCACUCCUCAGGCUUAGGUCAGCAUCCCUUGCUUCAAAAUUAAGAGACAUCAAUAAGAGGAGAAAGAUCAGAAAUUCAAUGUGAUUCUAGCUCUUUUCCUCUCAUUCUUACAAUGCUUGCUGUAGAGGAGAGGAAAAUGCCGCUAGAAGAUGGCGAAUCCGAAACCACAAUUCUCAAGAGAGAACUUGAAGCUUCUCUGGCAAAGAAUGAUUCACUGGAGAAAGAAAAUGGGGAGUUAAGGCAGGAGGUAAGCCGUCUAAAAGCACAAAUCAGUUCUCUCAGAGCACAUGAUAAUGAGAGAAAAUCUAUACUGUGGAAGAAGCUGCAGAACUCUAUUGACAGCUGCGAUGUCAUGGACACGUCUCAACAGAAAGCAUCAGAUGUUGUCAAGCUCCCAGAGCGGAAAUCAUCAGAUUUUCAAGAAUUUGCAGCCAAGAAGGAAAGACCAUUGAUAGAACCAAAGCCACCACCAAGGCUUGCUGCUGUUAUCUUCCCUUCACCCAAGGAGGUAAAUGGUAACAAAAUUAAAGCACCAUCAGCACCAGCUCCACCGCCACCCCCAUUGCCAUCAAAGUUGUUAGCUGGCCCUAGAUCAGUUCGACGUACGCCGGAGGUUGUGCAGCUGUAUCGGUCGCUUAUGAGAAAAGAUGCUCAGAUAGAAAAUAGAACAAAUCCUGCAACGACUCCAACAGUUGCUUUUAAUAGGAACAUGAUAGGAGAAAUUGAGAAUCGCUCAAGCUAUGUUUCAGCUAUAAAAUCCGAUGUAGAAAAACAGAAGGAAUUUAUCAACUCCUUGAUCAAAGAGGUAGAAUCCGUAAACUGUAACGAGAUUUCUGAUGUAGAGGUUUUUGUGAAAUGGCUAGAUCGGGAAUUGUCCUCACUGGUUGAUGAAAGAGCAGUUCUGAAGCAUUUCCCACAAUGGCCAGAGCGGAAAGCAGACGCUCUGCGUGAAGCUGCUUUCAGUUACAGAGAACUAAGAAAUCUUGAAUCCGAGGUCUCCUCUUUUGUGGCCAACCCAAAAGAGUCUCUAACUCAGUCCCUCAAAAGGAUGCAAACAUUGCAAGACAGGUUGGAGCAAAGUGUCAGUAAAAUAGAAAGAAUAAGAGAAAGUACCAGUAAGAGAUACAGGGAUUUCCACAUCCCAUCGGAAUGGAUGCUAGAUACAGGAAUCAUUGGUCAGUUGAAAUUUAGUUCACUGCGGUUAGCAAAGGAAUAUAUGAAAAGAAUAACCAAAGAGCUGAAUUCUAAUGAAUGUUCACAAGAAGAGAACCUCUUGCUUCAGGGAGUUCGAUUUGCCUAUAGAAUACACCAGUUUGCAGGUGGUUUUGAUGCUGAGGCCAUACGUGCAUUUGAAGAGCUAAAAAGAGUCUGCAUGAUCAUUUGUCACAAGCAAUAGGUUAACAAUAGGCAUGUUCAAAUGCAAUAUUAGUAAUAGCUAAGUUUUUAGAAGAGAUGUAUUUGUUGGUUAACUUAUAUGAAAAUAUUCAAGACCCGCAGAUAUGUUGCAAACAUGGAUGUAUGUAUAAUCAACUAAUCAAGCACCA